AUGAUUAACACGCAGAAGACGGUGGUGAUGCAUCAGCCGCCGCACAACUCAGCCACAGCCCCCAACGCGCCGCCGCAAAUCAGCGUGAACGGAAAUCAACUGCAAGUGGUAGAGAACCUCCCGUAUCUGGGCAGUACCCUCUCCCACAACACCAAGAUUGAUGACGAAGUCGCCAGCAGGAUCUCGAAAGCCAGUCAAGCCUUCGGUCGUCUCCGAAACACAGUUUGGAACCGCCACGGUCUCCAACUGAGCACGAAGCUGAAGAUGUACAAGGCCGUCAUCCCUGCCGACGUUACUGUACGGAGCAGAGACAUGGACGGUGUACACGAGACAGGCACGCCGACUGAACCACUUCCACCUCAGUUGUCUCCGUCGCAUCCUGAGGCUGAACUGGCAGGAUCGAAUCCCCGACACGGAAGUACUGGAACGAACGGGAAUCCUCAGCAUCUACGCCAUACUGAGACAAAUGCAGCUGCGCUGGAGCGGCCACCUGGUGCGCAUGGACGACGAGCGACUACCCAAACGACUCUUCUACGGAGACGUCGCGACGGGUUCUCGUCGUCAAGGAGGCCAAAUUCGCCGUUACAAGGAUACUCUGAAGUCCUCCCUGAAGCGCCUGCAAAUCAACCCGACCAACUGGGAAGAGCUCGCUCGCGAUCGUCCGACAUGGAGGAGAACAGUGAAGACGGGCGCUGCUAUCUAUGA